CGACUAUAACCUCGUGCACUCUGUAUUGACUUUCAACCAACAUUCACAGCAUAGGAAGAAGUAAGGAUGGCGGAUACUAAUGGACCAAUCAAAGCUCCGCAAGAUGUUGCAAUCGUUGGCCUCUCGUGCCGCUUUUCAGGUGACGCUACGAAUGCUGACGGUUUCUGGGAGAUGCUCUGCAAUGGAAAAUCUGGGCAUUCAGAAACUACAAGAUUCAACCCAAAAGGUUUCAGUGAUCCUGGGUUCAGGAAGCACAACCAGAGCGCGACGGCUCACGGCCAUUUUCUACAACAAGAUGUUGGCGCUUUUGAUACGGGGUUCUUUGGGAUCACUCCUGAGGAAGCUUCGGCGAUAGACCCACAGCAGAGACUGAUACUGGAGGUUGCAUACGAGGCUUUCGAGAAUGCGGGGAUUACCACCCAACAGCUUGCAGGUUCGAAAACGAGUUGUUUCAUCGCCUCCUUCACGUCCGAUUACAGGGAGAUAAUUUUUCGGGACCCAGAUGCAGCUCCUCGCUAUACAGUCACUGGCACUGCUGUGUCUAUGCUGGCCAAUAGAAUAUCCUGGUUCUUCGACCUCAGAGGCCCCAGUGUAGCACUCAACACUGCUUGCUCAUCGAGUUUGGUGGCACUACAUCUUGCCCGGAGGAGCCUGCAGUCAGGAGAGGCUGAUAUCGCAAUUGUCGGGGGAACAAAUCUCAUGCUCGGUCCAGAGAUGUUCACGUUCUUCUCGAACCUCAACUUCUUAUCCCGCGAUGGGCUUUCGAGGAGCUUUGACGCUUCCGGUGAAGGCUAUGGUCGCGGAGAAGGAGUCGCUGCCAUCAUCCUAAAGCGGGUUGAUGACGCACAAAGGGAUAACGACAUAAUCCGUGCCAUUGUGAGAAGUACCGCGACCAACCAAGACGGCAAGACCAAAGCUAUCACUCUGCCGAGCCUUGAUGCUCAGGUCGACUUGAUACACUCAGCAUACUAUGAAGCCGGGCUCAAUUUCCAUGACACAACCUAUUUUGAAGCACAUGGAACUGGCACACGCCGUGGUGAUCCGGUAGAGCUUGAAGCCAUUUCAAAGACGUUGUGUCUUGACCGAGCAGAAGAUUCAAAACUCAUCGUAGGUUCAGUGAAGUCCAAUGUCGGUCAUACCGAAGCAACAGCAGGCCUGGCUGGCAUAAUUAAAGCGAUAUAUAUGCUGGAGAAAGGCCUGAUUCCUGCAACAAUUCAUUAUAACAAACCUCUCCCCGAAUUCGACCUCAGCAGCUCCAAAUUGACGAUUCCAGUCGAAACGAAGCCUUGGCCGGCUACACCACUACGACGCAUCAGUAUCAAUUCAUUUGGAUUCGGAGGGGCCAAUGCCCACGCUGUGCUUGAUGAUGCACAAUCCUAUUUGGCAUCCAGAGACAUACAAGGAGCAAGCCUUCGUACAAAGAUACAACCGCUGCCAAAUAUAAACGAGGGAAUGGCUAACGGUAAUGGAAAACCUGCAGAUCUAAAGUCACUAACAAAUGAGCUGUUUUUCGUCUUCAGCGGUCCGGACCAGCAGGCUCUAGAGAGGAAUCUUAAAGUCAUAGCUCAACACCUUCAGACUAAGACUUUCUCUGAUCUUGGGUCCGAGUCCGAAUACCUUCGAAAUCUGGCAUAUACUCUGUCCGAACGACGCUCAAUGUUCAGACUGAAGGCUGCGAUAGUGGCAGUAUCAGUCGAUCAACUCGCUUCCAGAAUUCGAGAGCGAUGCAUUGUGCGUAUCGACAAACACGUAGCGGUACCGACCAAGUCCAAUCUAGCGAACGGAAAUGAAGGCAAAAUCACGCGACGCCUUUUGACAGACCUCCCUUCAUACGCGUGGGACCAUUCGCGGACAUACUGGGCUGAAAGUCGAGCCUCAAAAGAAUUUCGACAUCGAAAACACCCACAGCGAAGCCUCAUUGGAGCACCUCAACCAAGCUACGGAGAGGAUGAACACAUCUGGAGAGGAUAUCUGCGCCUAUCAGAUGAGCCGUGGGUCAAGGACCAUCAAGUUCUGGGUGCCAUCGUAUACCCGGCUGCUGGAUACAUUGCAAUGGCGAUCGAGGCGGCACGGGAUAUCGCCGACAAAGGUCGAGCGAUAAGUCGUUACACUCUACGUGACGUGCAAUUCCACUCUGCAGCUGUCAUCAAAGAGGACGUUCCGCUCGAGUUGAUCAUUCAGCUGCGGCCUCAUCGUACCGCUACAAGAGCAACAUCCGCAUCCUGGCUCGAGUUUGCAAUCUCUUCCUGUCACAACGAAAGAAACAUGCGCGAGAAUUGUUUUGGUCUCCUAUCCAUCGAGUAUGAAGCUGCAGACGACUCGCCCUUCUCAUUAGAACAAUCACAGGAGGAAGAUCGUAUCUUGAAGCAGUACGAGCGCGCCCAUGGAAAAUGUGGUAUCAAUCAGAAUCCAAAGGCAUUAUACGAAGAGUUGGCCUCUGUUGGUCUGAACUACGGCCAGGCUUUCCAGCAAAUUUCCAAGGUCACGAAGUCAGAAGGCUGUAGCUCUUGCCAGGUAGAGCUCUAUACACCCGAUCGCAUUCCUGAUGGAGAUUUGCGUCCCGUCAUCCACCCGGCCACCCUCGAUUGUAUGAUACAAACCAUUUUCCCCGCUCUUGUUGGCCACCGCGCUCGAAUGCAAGCGGCGAUGGUCCCUACGCUCUUGGAACACAUGUCCGUCUCCGCGCAAACGCCUACCUCUACCGGAACCUGUUUCCGCGGCUUUUCUACAGCAAAGUAUGGCGGGGCACGAGAUGGUUGCCGACUUUGCGAUGCUGGACCACGAGACAUCGAAACCGCGAUGGACAUCCUUUUACCAGCUAAGCAAUCGCAAGUAAUUCAAUCAGCUACCUCGCUCCACAAGCUUCGAAAUUUCAUCCAAAUGCUGGCGUUCUCUCGAACCAAGCUUUCCGUGCUAGAACUCGGUACUGCCUCUCAGGAUGCGGUUCUGGCCAUGAUGUCGUCUUUGUCCCAUGAGCUGCUGGUGUCUGGAGUGCUGAAGUACACAUUCACGUGCAGUGAUGAGCAUGACUUGCGCAGUGUCAGGGAGAGCCAGCUGUCACGACAUGGAAAUAAAGUGGCCUACCAAGUGCUCGACCUGAAAAAAAGCUAUGAAUCACAAGGUUUUCAAGAUAGGACGUUUGAUGUUGUUAUCCUGUCAGACCCGUCAUCGGCAAUGUUAAUUUCGCCGGCUGUGCCAGCCUUGCGGAAACUUUUGAGUCCUACGGGGAAAUUAUGUUUGCUCGGAGCGCUGGAUACGGUCAACGGUAGGGUGGGGACCGUGGGGCUGAGAAGCACUCUGGAGCCUCAGAAUUUGGUUAUUGACUUUGCCGAGCGAGACUUUGGAGAUCCGUACCAAGGUUAUGAACUUGUGGUUGCGAGCUGGAAGCCUGAUGAAAAUCAAGGAGCUCGGGAUCAAGAUAUCUUGGUCUUAGAGGGAGACCAGCCAUGUGCUGCAGCCUUGUCCGACGCACUCCUAUCUCUGGACCCGGCGAAUGGGUCGUACAUCCCGAUUCCGAGGAGGCUUCUACGAUCUAGUUUUCAGGAUAUGGAAGGCAAAAUCUGCAUUGCGACACUGGAAAUGGGCCAAUCUUUCCUUGCGCAUGCGACUCCUGAGGACUUCGCCUCGUUCAAAGAGAUUAUUCGCCGCUGCUCCAGUGUGGUUUGGGUCAGCUCCUCUGAUGACCCAAUCGGCAGCAUCGUGACUGGCCUGGCCCGUACGAUGCGGAAUGAGAAUGCGGCUUUGGUGUUUCGCUCAUUGCAAGUGCCUUCGAAGGAUAUGCACAGUCCGGAUUACCUUGCAGAGAUUGUUUCGCGCUUAGCCACCUCGUCAUGUACAGACAAUGAAUUCAAGCUUGAUGAGGGUAUUUUGAAGGUGUCCCGGAUUCUGCGAGACCCUGAGAUGGACGGCAUGGUUGCGUCAAUGACCAUCGAAGGUGGCGCACAAAUCAGAACAUCUACAUUGAACCGAGUCGGACGGGCCCAGAAACUUGCUCUUCCCCGCCAAGGAAUGCUCGACGACAUUUAUUUUGAGGCAGAUGAGGUGGCGGAUGGGCCCCUGUUGGACGACGAAGUGGAGAUUGAAAUCAAGGCUUCUGGAAUCAACUUUCGAGACGUCCUCGUGAUGAUGGGAAAUAUUGCUGAUAAUCUCAUCGGCCACGAAGCGAGUGGCAUCAUCUCACGAGUUGGAAGAAAAGUCACCUCGUUCCGAGAAGGUGACCGAGUUUGCACAAUUGGCCACGGCUGCCACCGAUCCGCCUACCGCACCGCAGCAAAUCUGGCUCACAAAAUCCCUGACGGCAUGUCCUUCGAAGAAGCCGCGACCGUACCUUUGGUAUACUGCACAGCAUACACCGCGCUCGUCGCAAUUGCUCGUGCGCAGAAGGGCCAAACGAUUCUCAUACAUGCCGCCGCAGGGGGAGUCGGUCUGGCUGCGAUACAAAUUGCAAACCACCUAGGACUAGAGGUCUUUGCCACUGUGAGCUCUCAGCCAAAGCGGCAGUUGAUCCAGGAUCAUGGUGUCAUGGAGGAUCAUAUCCUCAACUCGCGUGACACGAGCUUUGCAAAAGGUGUUAUGCGAAUGACGUCUGGCCGUGGUGUGGAUAUCGUGCUGAAUUCCCUUGCUGGAGAACAGCUUCGGCUAUCCUGGCACUGCCUGGCCCCUUUUGGCACUUUUGUCGAAAUCGGUAUAAAGGACAUCACAGCCAACAGCCGCCUCGACAUGAGUCCGUUUGCAAAGGAUGCCACCUUCGCUGCCUUCGAGAUCAUUAACAUACUGCACCAAGACUCGAAACGAAUGGCAAAUAUCCUGGCCGACGUCUUCCGGCUGCUACAGAAUAAGUCUGUCAAACCCGUGAAGCCUCUGCUCAGUAAGCCAAACUCGCAAGUCGGAGAGGCACUCCGUCUUUUGCAGACCGGGAAGCAUAUGGGAAAAGUCGCUCUUAUUUGGGAUCGAGAUCAGACCAUUCCGAUGGCCAUGACAGCCCCAAGGCCAGUAUUACAGGAAGCCGCAACCUACGUCUUGGUAGGAGGCUUCGGAGGGCUUGGCCGAAGCAUUGCGAGCAUGUUGGCUAACCGCAGUGCUCGUCACCUUUGCAUCCUUUCACGAUCUGGAGCGCAGUCCCAAGAGGCCCUCGAAAUUGUCCAGAAACUCGAAGAUCAGGGCGUUCAGGUCCGCUCUUUCGCCUGCGAUGUUUCGGAUGAGAGAUCCCUUCGAAACGCCAUCGAAGCUUGCAAGGCGGAGAUGCCGCCGAUUCGCGGUGUCAUACAAGGCGCCAUGGUCCUUCUCGAUGUCUCUUUCGAGAAGAUGUCGCACAGUCAGUGGCAUGAUGCUUUGAGAGCCAAGGUUGAUGGCACCUGGAACCUGCACAAGUUCAUGCCAAAGGAUCUAGACUUUUUCAUCAUCCUCAGCUCCUUCAUGGGUAUUUUCGGAAGCCGCACUCAAGGCAACUACGCUGCCGCUGGAGCCUAUCAGGACUCACUAGCACAUUACCGACGUUCGCAGGGGCUCAAGGCGGUCUCGUUGGAUCUUGGUCUCAUGCGUGACGUUAGCAACUUCUCCAAAAAAGAAGCUCUAUCUGGGCCGUUCAGGGACUGGCAGAAACCUUUCGGGCUUCGAGAAGUAGAUGUUCAUGGGCUGUUGGACCACAUUAUUGCAAGCGAAACAGGUGCAAUUCCGACUCAUGUCCCAACGCAGGUCCUCACAGGCUUCGGGACUGCAGACGAAGCGGAGAAGGCAGGCAUCGAGCCUCCGUACUAUUUAGAUGAGAAGAGAUUUGCGCUACUGCAUACCAGCAUCGCUGAGAUACGACAGGAUUCUGCCGCACAAGGAAACCCGGCAGCUACUCCCACGGCAGCAAAGAAAGAGGAUUCCGGUGAUCUCUUGAAGCAAGCAGGGUCGCUUGUGGAAGCGGCAGACCUGAUCCUGGAGUCUUUGAUUGUCAAGGUUGCCAAGCACCUGGAAAGAGACGAAGCGGAGAUUGAUCCCGAGGAGCCCUUGUAUACAUAUGGAGUGGACUCUCUUGUUGCAAUUGAGAUUAAGAAUUGGAUCAUGAAGGAAUUCGCAUCGGAUGUGGCUUUGCUUGACAUCACGGCCGAGGAGCCGGUCUUCGAGCUGGCGGAGAGAAUUGCUGUAAAGAGCAAGUUUGUGUCUGUGGCCGCUUGAUUUUUGUCAGUUCCGAGGUGUACCUAGCUAUGUACACAUAAUGGAAUAUGGGAGAAUCGGGCAGCUUUCUACGCUUGUUGGAUGCAUCGUCAUUUGUACGUAGAGAUAAAUUGUACGGUACGGCAAAAUAUGCCCCUAUCAUGAUUUUCUGUGCCUUUUGUUGCCUCUUAUCCUGCUGCGUCUACGUAACCACCGGGUCAGGAGACUCGAAACGAGAUUCGGAUUGUAUGGAGGUUUCUCUUGCAGCCUCGCUAUGCGAGCAUCACGAAUUGUCAGGGAUGAGGGCUUGUGAGCUACGUGUGUGGGAGUAGAGGC